CAAACACACGGAUAUGGUAUACCAGUCGACUGUGCUCCGGCGGGCCCGCACUGUCAGCGCCCACAAAAUUUCUCAGCUUUAUCGACCAGUCGGCGGCGCUGUUGCAACCGGCAACCGCCGCCGCCGCCGCCGCUCCCCCCACCACGUCCACGACCGCCGUCUCUCCAGACCCCCCCACCCACGUUCGUUCGACGUACCCGGCACCACAUUCUUUCCUUAUUUUUUUUUUUACGCAUCUACACUGUAUAUUAUACGCGCGCUCUGUCUCCGUCGCACCGCCCGUCUUUUUUCUCUACCGGUGUGUGUCUCGGCUCCUCUCUCGCGCUCGCCGUCUCUCUCUCGACGUCGUUUGUCCCUCUCGCUCGUCUGUUCGUCGUCGUUCGGUCUUUUCCUGAUCUCCGCCACCGCCGCCGCCGCCGCGGACGUCCCUUUUUGCACGCGGGCAACAGGUUAAAACGUGCACAGACUCGCGCACACCGCGCUGCUUUACAUGGUUUCCAGACAACCGCCGCUGUCGUUGUACGCCACCGUCAGAAAAAUGUCCACGUUUGCCGGUCAGGUGGACAGACACAGAGGCGUCGUCGUCAAAUCCACCAUAGCCGCCACGGAACAAGAGAAAUCGACGGAAUUCGGUCCCAAGCUUGCGAGAUCUCUAAUUAAAUGGUCGGCGGGUGAACAGGUGCACUUGGUGUGGUUCCGGAUAGCUCGACAGCAUGCGCAUUGGAUUUCAGAAUUGGCCAAAAACAAUUUCCUGUUUCACAGAACAUCACCGGACGGUAACGAACUGUGGAUGUACAAACGUUUAAGGGGUGAAAGCACAUCUACGGUUGACUCCCCUCAUACGUACACGGGUGCGGGAGGUCUAGUGAUACGCGACGAUCAUUUGUUAGUCGUCAAAGAGCAUAGCAUUCCAUUUUGGAAAUUGCCCGGAGGUUAUGUAAAUCCUGGAGAAAAUAUCGGCGAAGCUGCUGUUAGAGAAGUAUUUGAAGAAACGGGCAUCAGAGCCGAAUUCGUAUCUUUAGUGGCGUUCAGGCACGUUUUAAGUGGGAGUUUCGAUUGUGCUGAUAUGUAUUUCGUCUCAAACUUGCGACCAUUAACUUUCGACAUUGUGAUUGAUAAAGAGAUAUCAGAGGCUAAAUGGAUGAAGUGCGAAGACUUUAUAACGAGUCCAGAUGUUGGUGAACACAGCCGUUUUUUCGUCAAAACGUUUUUCGAAAAUUUAAAAAAUGGCAUCACGAUGAAAGCGAAUAAAACAAUUCAUCAAUUUACCAAUAAAGAACUUAUCAAUUACGCCCCGUCGUACAUUGUGCCGAAAAAUUCUGGUACAGAUGUUUAAACGCACAUUAGCUGAAACAAUUUUGUUUUCAAUACGUUAUUAAUAUGUGUAUACAUUUACACACCUGUAUUAUUAUUAUUGGUGUAGGAUUAUAAAAUUAUAAUAGUACAUAUUAUUUAUAUUGUUAUUAUUUUUGAUUAUUUGUAUUGUAGUUUCGAUUUAGCUACAACGUGCUGCAUGAUCCUAGCAGACAAACGGCCAAAAAUAAUAAUUAUAGUACACAUAAAUAAAUAAUAUUAUAACCAUAUUGUAGUAUAAUAUCUGUAGAUGAUGCAUAGGUAUACACGCUGUCAAGCUGUUUGUAAUCUGUGUGUCGUUAUAAUAUGUAUGUUCUCGUGUAAAUAAAAUUUUUUUUUUUGUGUAUCAAAAAACGGUGCGCGGCGGGAUUUAUAUUUUUUUACAACAAUUGUAAUGCGUACCUAUUAUAUUGUGCUGAAAAUUGCAAUAUACGAGUUAAAUAUACUGAAUAAUAGUGAGAGCAAAAAAUGUUCUACGUAAU